AUUAGUAUAAAACUAUUUCACAGAAAAAAAUUCAAAAUAUAUUUCUCACAAUUUAAAAAUUAACAUUGUUAUGGCAAUUUAUAUAUGGUUUUAAAUCAAAGUUUUCAUUUGUGUCCCUAUGUAGUUUGUUUAAAAUAUUGCUCCUCUCAUCAUAAUUGUUAAUUGUUACAUGAGGUUCAUAAUGUAAUAUGAAAUCAUACCUACAAGCUGUUAGCAACUAGAUAAAAAAAUCGUGUCUUCGACAUACGAAACGUGAAUCUUCUAAGGAGAUAAGAAUGUAUGCAUAGAUAAAGACAUUUUGUAAAGUUUUUUUCUAGUAGUACAAAUUUUAGUUUCUUCCAAGUUCAAAAAAACUUUACCAUCCAACUUCUUAAAAGCAUAGAAAAAUAAUAAAAAAAAUUUGUUAUUAGAUUUAUAAUUUAAACAAUUGUUUUCAACAAUUAAUGCAUUAACUUUAUAUAAUUUAUUUUAUUUUAUAAAUCGAUAUUUUAAAAUCUGAAGUAAAGAAAAUUAACAAUUUUUUCAUUCAUCAAUGAACUAAAGUAUAUAGUAAAUUGAAAAGUUGAUUAUAUUUUUAAGUUAAUGAUAAUAAUGAAACUUGUUAUGAUUUUGGUUUCUACAUAGCUGAUAAGUUUUUUUUUUUUUUUUAAACAGCUGGGUCAUUUAUGUUCUUGCUUUGUACACACUAGUCAUUUAUCAGUACUAAUACAUAAACGUAGGCACAUAAUAUGAUAAUGAAUUACAAUGAGGAGGGACCCUUGAUCCCAAGUGACCCAUGUGUUUAUAUUGCUUCUUUCACUGAUAACUGAACUGGGUUCUUGUUAGCCAGCUGUGUAAAGACUGUGACUACAUGCUCAAUAGAAGUUUUAACAUAUUCGUGGCGCUAAUGAUAGUUUCACGUCAUCCGUGUAGAGUCUGUAUUGUGGAAAAAGAAAAAUGGUGGAUGUGAAUGAAUUUUCUACAACUAGGAGAAAUUAUCUUAUUAUUGACAUGAAUUUCCUGGAAGCUGAAACAAAUAAAUUAGGAGCCACCAUGUUGGGGAAUACAAGCGCAACGCGUCGAACGAAAGAUGUGCCAUCAACAUCAACAAAUGGUGCUCGACCGAAAUCAAUUAAUGAUCAGAAUGAUCAAGCGAAAUCAAUAUCGCAUGAUGACAUUGAUCCAGACCACUUGACAUUGUGGCAGCAUCCUAUAACUACCCUUAAUUAUUUUAUACGAGAACUGCUAAUUGACUGCCUUAGUUUUGCAAGAAAAACUCUUCAAUAUAGAAAAACUGUAUUUUGUACAUUAAUUUUCAUUAUGUUAUUUUUUGUGUUGGGAAGACUUUCUGGGCCACAACAGGAGAUAUUUAAAGCUUGGGAAGGACAAGUAAGAUGGUGGUUGUACUGGGUAGGCUUAGGAGUGCUUUCGAGUGUUGGUCUCGGAACUGGACUGCAUACAUUUGUUUUAUACUUGGGUCCUCAUAUAGCUGCAGUAACAAUGGCAGCUUAUGAAUGUGGAGCAUUAAAUUUCCCAGAGCCACCAUAUCCUGAUCAAAUAAUCUGUCCAACAACUGUGGAUGCAGCAUGGACAGUAGGCAUUUUGAAUAUAAUGAAGAAAGUGCGAGUUGAAGCCAUGAUGUGGGGAGCUGGAACAGCUCUAGGAGAACUGCCACCUUAUUUUAUGGCUAGAGCUGCACGUACUAGUAGACAAAGUAGUAAAGAUCAAGAUUUUGAUCAAGAGGAACUCAAGGAAUUGGAAGCUCUCGAAGCCAAUAAAAGCGGAGAAAAGAUUCCAGUUGUGAUGCGUGUUAAAUUGUUUAUGAAGCAUUUUGUUCAAAAAGCUGGAUUCCUUGGUAUUUUAGCUUGUGCGUCUAUUCCCAAUCCCCUAUUUGACCUUGCUGGUUUGACUUGUGGUCACUACCUUAUUCCAUUUUGGACAUUCUUUGGUGCCACGCUGAUAGGUAAAGCCAUUGUUAAAAUGCAUAUACAGCAAUUAGCUGUGAUAAUAGCAUUCAACGAAGAGUUAUUAGAUAAAGCAAUUAGUUUCUUGGCAUACGUGCCUGUGGUAGGCACCAAAUUCCAAGAACCAUUAAAAAAAUACCUUGUAGAGCAAAAACGAAAAUUGCAUGAUAAAUCGUCAGCUGAGGGUGCAACAACGAUUUCUUGGUUGUUUGAUAAAUUUGUUAUGCUCAUGGUGUGCUAUUUCUUAAUAACAAUUAUUCAUGCUCUUGCGCGCAAUCAUCAUCGGAGACGCACUAAGUCAUCUGCGGAUUGACCAACAUCCAAAUUAGAUUGAAUUUAUUAAUUUACAGAAAAAAAAAAUCCUACAGGGCAUGAGCCACCAUGCACCGAAAAGCCACGCAAUCGCGGGGAAGAAGUAAUUGAAUAUCCGCUUCGAUCUUGCCUCGAUGUAAAAAUAAUUAUAAUCAAAUCAAGUCCUCCAAUCAAGUUGGUGCGUCACAGAAGCAUCUGUUAAAUAUUCAAUACUCCAAUUGAUGUAACGUUUUUGACCCAAAUUUUUUUUAUUAAGAAGGGUCUUUGUAAAUCUUUGUACUCGUGUAAGUGCUUCUUGUGAUUAAAGGAUAUUAUUCGAUUUUACUGUAAACUAUUUGUUAUAGCGAGGUUUAAGGUCAAAUGCUAAGUUUUUGUCAUUGGACCAUAAUUUUUAAUUAUAUUGUAUAAUAUCUGAGAUGCGGAUUCUGUGAAUUGAGCGAACGCUUCUUUACCGUCAAACUAUUUUAAAUGUAAAUGUCAUUUUCUUGAGCACUCAACACGGAUCAGAAUCGUUCGCACGAAUUUUAUUCAUGUAUAAGCUCUCAAUAGUAAAUUUUUCUCUGGUUAUGUGACGUGUUGCGCGUGAGUUAGCCGAUUACAUUCCAUAAUCAUAAAUAAAGCGCGCGUAAUGAAGUGUAAAGAUUUUCUUCUCAUAUUUGCUUGAAGAAACGAAAUAUAUCAAGCAAUUAUACUCCGAAGGUACAAUAAACAGUCAGCGAAAUAAUGUUAACUCUUUAUCACUGUUAAUUGUUUGCAAUCACAUCUGUAGCUUUUUUCAUGCCCUUACGAGUCAUGUUUAAAUAUGAACGUUUGAUAGUUACUUUAGCGGUUGAGUCGACGAUUAUAUUUUGUAAGUUGUGUGGUAAUCAACAAUCAAUGAUCAUAAAAAGAAACACCUGUUCCUUUAAAUAAAUUUCUACACCUUUGCAAAAAA